ACUAAUGCAUCUUUUGAAAAGCACUGAGAAAAUGCCUCAUUUACUGGAGGAUACUGCAGGUGUGCCUGAUCAGCCAUCACUCUCUCAGGUAUUCACUGCAUUAUCUCCACAAGAUCUUAAUGAUCUCUCAGAGAGCCUCAGCCUCUUACUGAGCCAAGAUGAAUCCUUCAUGAAUUUGACCACACUAAAGCACCAAGAACUUAAGGAUAUUGAUAAACUGAAGGAUGUCCUGAGACAACUUUGUCAGAAUGCCCAGGCGACAGAGCAUCUUCAAGUAAAACUACACCAUUUAGAGGGCUUACUGAGGGGCUUGCAGGACGAGAAGAAAGCGUUAAAAGAUGAAAAUAAUCGUCUGAACCACUACAGCAAGAACCUUGCGAUGGAGCUCCAGGUUGCCAAGGAUCAAAUAGAAGAACUAGAGCUAGGGCAGCAGGGUCAGGGAGGGGGAACGGCUACUACUCAGUAUGCGGCAAGAAUGGAAAGCUCAAAAGACAUCAGAGAGAGGGUACGUGCCACCUUGUCUGCCAAAAAUAAAUCAUUAAUGGACCACAAUGAACUCGUUGCUCGUGUUGGAGAUCUAGAAGGAAUCCUUGAAGCGCUGGUCCGAGAGAAUGAUGCUACUGUUGAGGCGCUGAAAUCCGAAGUCUCUGAUCUGACCCAGCAGCUGGAUGUGGCUGACCGACAGCUGCGAUCGUCUCGUCAGUUCUUAGACGAGCAUGCUAGUGAACGUGACCAGGAAAUGGAGGAUCUAAUGCGUACUAAGGACAAGCUUGCCAGUCAGCUACGUGAGAAGGAUGUUCUGCUCACACAACAUUCAAACUUAGAGAAAGAGGUAUAGGAAUAUUUUUUUUAAAUAG